UGUAAGUUUCAAGAAGUUUUCCGAACAACCACCAAACGAAACCCCAACCGAGGUGGUGCUGCCACGAGCGGCAGACUGGCUCCCGUUCCCCAAAACUGAAACCGACGGGCAGGCGGACGCCACUGAGCAGACAGCCCUCGCCCUCGUCGUCGCCCCCUGACAGCCAUGGCCGCCGCCGAUCCCUCGCUCCCUCCUCAGAUCGCCGCUCAGCUCAACUACCUCCUCUCCCACUCCCCUCUCCCCUUCAAAGUCGAUCAAAUAUGGUCCGGGUGCAAGAACGGGCGCUUCUCCGACCGCUUCUCCCUCCUCGUCCCCUUCUGCCUCGACUUUGUCAAGUGGGACGUGAUCUACAACGCGCUCUUCCCCGCCGCGGCCCCCGACUUCGUCUUCGCCCCCGACGACGACGGCUUCCGCCCCCUUGGCGGCGGGGGCAAGGGAGGAGGGGCCCCUGCUGAGAACAGCAGUAGUAGCCUCUGCGAUUGGAAUUGCCGAGACCCCGCGCGGUUGCUCGCCGUCGUCCACGAGCUGCGGGACUCGUACGCGCAGUACCAGAAGAAGCGCGUGGAGGAGCUCGACGACGCGAGGCUGAAGUUCGAAAUCAGCACGAUCCUCUCGAGGGAGGGGAUUGAAGUCUGCGUGGUUUCUCCACCUGAUAGACCGGCGGAGGUGAAAUUUGCUGUGCCUCUAUUAGAUCUGGACUUCGACAAGUUGGUGCGCGAAUAUCCUUGGAAACAUCAGCAAAAAAUUUUCUUGCAGGUUGUAUAUCCUGUUAGCAGAAGUUAUUCCUCCAUUCCUUCUGCCCCUCGAAUAAAGUUAGUUUCGACUUCAGAUCUGAAGGCAUUAUUCUCUAUUGAAGAUGUCAAACUCCCACCAUGGUUAGAUGGCAUGUGCAUGGCCGAGUAUCUUCCCACUGUAGAAGAUAAUCUCAAAGUACAGGUUGUAGAGGCAGUUGCAUCAAUUGGCCAGAGAAGACGUUUUAUUGAGGCUUUAUCCCCUCUUUUUGGUAGGCCAUUGGAAGCCGAUCCGGUCUUUUGUCGGAAAGCCACGGUUCUUGCUAUAUCUGGGGUUUUUACAUUUCUGAUUCACUUCUCAAUCCCCAUUCAGUUCCCAAAGCAGCAACCUAUAUUGACACUGCAGAGUUCUCAGCAUUUUAACUCUCAAGGCACACCUAUAUUGUCACCUCCUAUAAACGACUAUCCGUGGAGUCCUAGAUGGGAUCCUGCGAAGAUGGUUGAGCGCAUCUUUGAUUUUCUGGUUGACGAGUGUCUGAAUUUCAAGAAGUACUGCAACGAUGCCAUACCACAACAGCAAUAACCAUGAGAGGCGGCCAUGCGGAGGAGCUUAAUGAUCGUCGUCUUCUUGUUUGUUUACCUGUAUUCAUUAGUAGGACACUCCCUUGCGUGCAAGCAGGCUCAAAUUUCAAAAAUCUAGCCCUAAUUCCUCACGGAGCAUUACCAGUUCGCUCGGCGAGUUAGUGUAGGGGAAAGGGGCAGACAUUUGGAUGGCAUAUACCUUCAUCAGCCUGCAGGACACCGUAAAACUUCUCUUGUAUAUGGGUUGUCACCGGCCUGCAAUUCGGCCAAAAGUUACGCUGUUGUUUGGUCAUGAACACAUUCGUUAUUCCGUUUUGUAAAUGAGAAUCUCCGCGGCUUCAGAUUUCAUUCGUCUCGAAGGGUCUGAUUGUUGAUGUGCUGCUGCUGUUAACAUUAGUUUGGCAUUUUACCGGACGAAAGCUAUGAUGUCGCGAUCGCAGUUAACUGUCUUUUGGAUUCUCAUUUUAAGGAUCUCUUCUGUUGAUUACAAGCAUCGUUGGUGCAAAACUCAAUUCAUGGUUGCUCUCUUGCACAAAGAUGUUUAAACAAAUCAAUGUCGAGGCUCGCUUACCGGCUGGGUCGGGCUUUCGAAUUCCUUGUGCCCAAAGAUGGUUUGCUUUGUGGUCUUCUUUGGCGUUGGUUUCGUUCUGAGUUUGAUUUUUUUUUUUU